AUGUCCAGCACAAGGACUCGCUCUCUAUGCUACCCUAAAUCGUCUGUCUAUACCGGCCAUCGAGUCUUUUCGUGGCCUACUUCAACAAUCGCGCGAAAGAGAUUUAUUCUUCGCUCUGCUAGUUACCGGCUUAAAGUAAACGAAACAACGCCUCCGUCAAUCGGGUCGUCACUUGAGAUGCGGCUGUUGCGUCAACAAUUGUCAAUUGCGAAUUGUGAAGCAUGGAACAGUUUCCUCAUCCUACUUCUUUGCUGUUUCGUUUCCGUCUCCUCGCCACCCCCUACCCCGGGAUCUAUUAAGACGAUGCCUCCCCUCAUGCCCAGAAUGUGUAUUAUCUCCUACGAUAUCUGUAAACCCGACGAAAUGCGACCGUCUUUGCCAGGGAUAGAACUAUUCCCUCAGAGGUUACUACCAUUACCGCCUAUGCACAUCCUACCGGUCAUUCGCACCCGUCAAGUCUACUCUCUCAUCCCCAAAGCUAAACUCAAAUAUCCCGCUGGUCGCGUCCCAUGGCCCCGUAUGGACGAUGUCUAUAUUCUCCAGGACUUGGAGAGCCGCGUCGAAACUCUCUUAAUAACGCUUCCCAAUCUCGCCGACGACGAGCUUGGCCCCGAAUAUCACGUUAGGAUGGUUGAGAGCAUAGCCGUCUUUAUGGUGCUUUGCGAGGCAUUCAGACACCGCCGCGAUAAAACAAACCAGUUGCAGAUCGACGAGAACCGCUGCUCGAAGCCUGGGAUGAAGGAACACAUUGCCACCCAGCGUUGGAUGGCGUAUAAUAUUUUAAAAAUAUUGGAACGGUUUGCUAUUAUCAUCCUUGGUGGCGAUAAAUGGUGCGAUUCUCGUAAGCGCAUGACCGGCCGGGACAUCAUCUGGGUUUUGAUGAAAGUCUGCUUCCUAGUCCCUAGGCUGGAAGCACUUUGCGAAAAUCUGGAGGAAUUUAACCGUGGUGACGGUGUCGAGUGUCCCGAAAGUAUCAUGGCCGAGUUGAAGCCGCUCUUCCUCGACCUCUUUGACCCGGCCACAUUUGGAAGAGAAAAGAAUAUCCAGCAGCUUCGAGUGGUCGCGGAGAAUGGAAUCGCUACUGCGCUGUAUGCUCCUUACGCUAUCCCUAUUCAACCCUCUCGCUAUCUGGAAAAAUCUAAUACUCGUUCGAACAAGUUCAAGCCUGAUAUAACAUUCGUCACACGAGAAAGAAGAGGAAUAUAG